GUUUAUUGAUGCAACUACUGCGCAUGUGCAGAACUACACACGUGGGGUAAACGUUUGCACGAGCUGCUGCUUUUGGAGGGUUUUGAGGCGCAGUUACCCACUUUCCGCGUUCAGUAUACUUCUUUCAAUCGCGUGAAAGAAAUUAGUCCUCCGUGAAGCAUUUCGCCGAGAGGGCCGGAAUAUCAAAGAAACGCAAAAAUGACUGAAGCUGAUGUUAACCCAAAGGCUUACCCGCUGGCUGACGCCACUUUAACCAAAACUAUUUUGGAUUUGGUGCAGCAAGCCUCCAACUACAAGCAGCUGAGGAAGGGGGCCAACGAAGCGACUAAAACCCUGAACAGAGGAAUCGCCGAGUUCAUCGUGAUGGCGGCGGACGCCGAGCCGCUGGAGAUCAUCCUCCACCUGCCGCUCCUCUGCGAGGACAAGAACGUGCCGUACGUGUUCGUGCGCUCCAAGCAGGCGCUGGGCCGCGCCUGCGGCGUGUCGCGGCCCGUCAUCGCCACCUCCGUCACCAUAAAGGAGGGCUCCCAGCUCAAGCCGCAGAUCCAGUCGGUCCAAAUGGCGAUCGAGAGACUCCUGGUGUGACCUCUGCUGCUCUGAGUUGGUUUACUCUAACAAGAUACUUUUAGGUGUUUUUUUUUGGUGAUUAUAGCAGCUUUAUUUCUGUCAGUGUCCAGAACCAACAUUGUUUCCUAAUAAACAUUUUUUAUUAAUUUCA